CGUUGAUUUCUCUUCCCAAGGCUGACAGUCGAACCCCCCAACAAACAAAACAUACUACGGACAUGACCGCAACUUUAGACCGCUAGUUGUAAACCGACCAGCGCGCUCAUACUCCCCAAAGAUGUCAUCUCUACUACUCAUCAUAUUCGUCACCGAGCUGGUUGUCCAGCUGGUCAACACCCUCGGCGCAACCACCAUCAACGAUUCGCUAUGGAGGAUAUACCUUACCCUACCGACACCGCUCUCGUUAGAGUUUGCACAACAGCGCAAGAAGCAAAAAGAAUACCUCGCCGUUCGACAUGAGCUGAAGGCGACGAGCAGUCAAGACGAGUUUGCCAAGUGGGCGAAACUCAGGCGCCAGCAUGACAAGCUGUUGGAGGAUCUUGAGAAGAAGAAGGUUUCGCUCGAGGCAGCCCGCACCAAGUUCGAUCGAACCCUCACGACCACCCGCACGGUCUCGACCCGCGGCGUACAGUGGUUCCUCCCCUUCUGGUACAGCAAGGAGCCCAUGUUCUGGCUCCCCUACGGCUGGUUCCCCUACUACGUCGAAUGGUUCGCCUCUUUCCCCCGUGCGCCAAUGGGUAGCGUCAGCAUUGUGGUUUGGCAAUGGGCUUGCACCGCCGUGAUCGCUCUGAUGAUUGAGGCGGCCACAGCAGCUUUGGUGUAUGUUGCUGCGAAGCAUUCACAAAAGGUCAGGCAGCCUGUGCCAGCGCAGUCGGAAAAGAAAGAUUCAUGAAUGGGACAUGUAUGAUGUUGCGAAGGUCAGGAAGGCCAUGACAGGAUUACACAUAGGCAUGAAGCACAAACGAAAGUAGUAAUGGAUAGACAAUAAAAUGUCUCUCACAAUUUGACGCAGAUAAUCUUCAUGGCCGGAGCUGGAGUUCUGCAACACUACGUGAGAUGACUCUUGGCAGAGUACUUGGGCUCGAUCUAGGCUCCCUUUUGACUUCUGCGACCAUGGGGAAAAGAUUCGCAGAAGCUUCGAAAGUGCCAACUGGUAUUGAAAGUGGGGGAGGUCAG